AUGUCUUCGGGUACCCCGUCACCAUCGAGCUUGCAUUCAGAAGAAUCGAGAGAUUCGACUUCAUCCGAUUUCUCAUCAACGAUCCCAGCACAUUACAAUUCCAAUGCGGAUAUAGAAGACCCACAGAAAGCUUUCAAAGGAAGUCUUACAUCGCAUGGUGUGGAAGAUAUAUUAGCCGAUGGAGUUAACUAUGGUGCCACAGAUAAUUUAUUCCCGGAUUGCAAGACAGAAGUAUUAAAUGUUAUAUCCAACACAUUUUCUCAAGAUUACAACUCCCGAGACUCAACUGGUUUUAGUAUCCAUGAUAUUCUUGGAUUGCAUCAAUCCUACAAUGCUGCUAACUCACAGGAGGAUUUGGAGCAGAGAUAUGACUAUCAAAUACCAAAUUAUGAAAACAUAAGCAACAGUUCCCAUAACAAUUAUGGCUCUGGAGCUGAAGAAGUCAAUUCCGAUGACUGUAUGAACAAAAAUGACAACUUAUUCUUAGCCCCUAAUGUACAAAUUGGAAGCCAAGUUACGUACGAAAGAAACUAUUUACCUAAUGAAGCUAUACGAUGUCACCAUACCAGCGGUUUAGACAAUGAUGUUGUUAAAGAUACUACAAGUGACAUAAAUGAAUCAAGUUUUCCGAACCAGACUUGGAACAAAACAGCUUCAGCGUUAAAUAAUCCUACCAUAAGUGGUCCUUCAUCUUUAUCAAACGGUAUGUCUUCAGACGCUACAUCUUACCAAAAAGUAUUUACUAAACGAGCCCGGACAGCUUACACGAGUUCGCAAUUAGUCGAAUUAGAGAAUGAGUUCCACCAAAACCGCUACCUCUGCCGACCGAGACGAAUCGAGCUCGCAAAUUAUCUCCAACUCUCGGAGCGUCAAAUUAAAAUAUGGUUUCAAAACAGAAGAAUGAAGUAUAAGAAAGACAACAAGCACAAUAAACCUUCCUCAUCCGUGGACGAUAACAGCCCUUCGAGUUCCAAAGAUAUGUCUCCGAGUCAAGAUCACAAGUUGAGUCAUGGAAGAAGUUGCGGAGGUCACGAUCGGCAUAGAAGACUACUCACAGACAGUCAUGCGACCCAUAAAUAUGUUGUCUCAAAUGAGACAUCCAGACCUUCAGAGUACUCUUCUAUAAACAGCUUAAAGACUGUAAUCAAAGGCCCGCAGAGUUCAAUUGAGUUGCCAUCGUAUACACCGAACCUAUCGUACACUUCUUAUUACUGCGCAGGCACAAGUAGGCCGACUUACUCACCGAUGUCUGAAGUUUAUCGGUACACGAACGAUGAUUCACUGCAACCGAAUUCGAAUGCACUAUCACUACCGUCGGAUAGUUACGUGCCGAACGGAGUUAACUUGAAGUUAAGCGAAGAUAUGACAAGGUACCCGUCUGGUACGGCGUAUUACAAUGCGUUAUCCAACGGUGUUGCGAUGCAUGCGUCUACUACAGACGCGUAUACUUUUAAUGCACAGUUACCGACCACGGUAAACCCGACUUACGAAGAAAAUAUGCAGUCGAGAACCGUAAACGCACCGUUCGCGCAGGACGCUUAUUUCUCCUACUUGGCUAAUUCGGAUGCUAACAAUCAACCUAGCACUACAAACAACAGCAAAUUCUCAUCUUACAUCAGUUUGUAA